AUGGAUCACGUACAAACCGAUUCUGUGCAUGUGGAUUUACCGAAAACCGAAAUGCCAAUUAUGCCAAAAACAAUAAGCUCAGAUGUGGUUACUGACUUAGCCAAAUCUUUUGCCGACCAAGUUAACUUGAAUAGACUUCCUCCGCCUGAACCUCCGAUAUUUAAUGGCGAUCCAUUAAAAUAUUCGUCAUGGAAAGUUGCUUUUGAGACCUUUAUUGCGCGAAGGAACAUACCACCUUUAGAGCAGAUCCAUUACCUACGUAGGUAUGUUGGAGACUCCGUUCGUGAAGUAAUCGAAAACUUUUUCCUUAUUGCAACAUAUGACUAUUAUUUUGAUGCUAAAAAACUGUUAGACCAAAGGUAUGGUGACCCGUUUAUCGUUGGUAAUGCUUUUCGUGACCGACUAGAAAAGUGGCCUAAGAUAGCGUCUCGUGAUAGCUUAGGAUUGAGAAAAUUUUCAGAUUAUAUUAAACAGUGUCUUUCCGCAAUGAAAACGAUCAAGAAUCUGAACGUUCUUAACGAUGAUCGUGAGAACCGAAAACUUUUAUCAAAAUUUCCCGACUGGAUAGUUACACGAUGGGGACGAAUUGUCGCUCAUUAUAAAAGUGAUCAUCAUACAUUUCCCUCAUUUCAGACUUUUUCUGUGUUUAUUGAACGAGAGUCAACGAUUGCCAACGACCCUGUUACUUCUCUCAACUCUCUUAAAACAGAUAGUACACCACGAAAUACGGACACAAACUUUCGAAGUGUUAAAAAUGACCGUGAUACACCACGCAGAAAUGCAUUUGCAACGGAGACAAAGUCGACUAGUUAUGAUAGGACCAAAGAAAGUAACUCCGGUGCUAAUAAGAAUUGUUUGUUCUGUCAAAAGGCUGGACACAUACUUGAUUCAUGUAGAAACUACCUUGCAAAAUCUGUACAAGAGCGUAAAGAAUUUGCUAAGAGAACAGGCUUGUGCUUUGCUUGUUUAGGCUCUGGACAUUUAUCGAAACAGUGUAACAAACGCACAACGUGCAGCAUUUGCACAAAACGACAUCCGACAGCCUUUCAUGGAGAUGUAGUAAAACAAUAUCCGAACAAUUCAAAACAACCUACACCUUGUAAUGAGGAAAAGGAACUUUAUAAGUCUCAAACUGGUGCGGUUUUAAUGAGCAUAACCGAGUCAUAUGGAAAAAGUCCGAUGAUUGUUCAUGUGUAUCUCUCUCAUACUGAUAACCAACAACAUGAAAUACUAGUGUACGCACUCUUAGAUACUCAGUCUGAUACUACGUUCGUUUUGGACAAUACACGUCAAACUCUUGGACUUUCUGGUGCCGACGUGAAGCUGUCAUUAUCAACCAUGCAUUCACAGAAUUCAAUAGUCGAUAGCUGUAAGAUAGAUGGAUUGAUAGUAAGGGCUUACGAUAGCGACAUGAAGAUAAGGUUACCGUCUACAUUUGCACGCGACAUCUUACCGGCAAAUAGAGCACAUAUACCUACUGGUGAUAUGGCGAGAAGAUGGCCGCAGUUAGAGAAGAUUGCCAGUCAGUUGAUGCCAGUAAGUGAUUGCGAAUUCGGACUACUUAUAGGUUAUAAUUGCGCCCGUGCAUUGACUCCUAGAGAGGUGAUUCCGACAACUGAUGAUGGACCUUACGCACAGAAAACAGACCUCGGAUGGGGUAUAGUUGGUAUUGUGGAUCCGAGCUGCAUUGAUAAUGCAUUAACUACACAUUCUCACAGAAUGAUAGCGUUUGAAAGCCAUGUAUUAUUUACUAUUAGAAAUUGUACAAAAUUAGUAAGUCCCGUUGAAGUAGCGCGAAUGAUGGAACUCGAUUUUUCCGAACGAACUCAUGACAAACAGUCUAUGUCAUUUGAUGACAAACGUUUUUUGAACAUUCUUGAAAGCGGAAUCAGAGUAAAUGAUGGACAUUAUGAAAUGCCCUUGAUAAUGCAAUGCAAUACAUGGAAUAGUUUCACCUCAAUAUAUAUAGCAGUCAUUAUUAUAUACUCGUUAGUUGUGCUAACAACUAGCACAACGAUCAGAAAACUGACACCGCAGUUGAAACAUAAAUCGAAUACAGUAGAACAAAAACUUUGA